CUUAUCACUUAGAGUAAAAAGGACUAACGGUAUCAUCGCUUAUCAGUAAGUCAGUAACAGAGAGUACGGAGAACACGAGAAUCAUGUUUUGUUAACUAACAUCGAUUGUUCUUGAAACCAUGGUGUCGGAGUGUUGGAAUUAUACAAUUUUCAAGUCAUAGAUUUGUACAAAUGAUUAGUUAAUACGCAUUUUAAUUAGGUUUGAUGUACCAUUUUAUCGUAAUGUGCAACUUCAUGCAGUUCUAGCGCACGAAUUUGAGGAUUUUACAAACGAAGUUUGGUGGCAUGAACACUUUACGUUUACAAUAGAUACUUAAUCAAGCUGAUUCAGUCAACGUGUUCCGGUGUUCGCAAUUUCUAGGACUUGGAUACCAUACCUAGCGAGAUGGAUGCUCCAGCAAUCGGAAUAGACUUGGGCACAACGUAUUCUUGUGUUGGUGUUUUCCAGUACGGAAAGGUUGAAAUUAUCGCUAACGAUCAAGGUAAUAGAACAACACCCAGUUGUGUGGCGUUUUGUAAUGAAGAAAUUUUGAUCGGAGAAGCCGCCAAAAAUCAAGCAGCGAGGAAUGUUAAUAACACUAUUUAUGACGUUAAGAGAUUGAUGGGUCGAGAAUUCGACGAUAUUACAGUUCAGUCCGAUAUGCAGCGUUGGCCUUACCAGGUAGUCGAUGAUAACAACAGACCGAAAAUCAAAGUUGAAGUUGAAGGAACUUAUAAGACGUAUUUUCCUGAGGAAAUAUCCUCAAUGGUUUUGAGAAAAAUGAAAGAGACCGCCGAAGCUUACCUAGGUAAAACAGUGAAAAAUGCUGUUAUCACCGUGCCAGCUUAUUUCAACGAUUCUCAAAGAGCAGCUACAAUAGAUGCCGCUAAAAUCGCCGGGUUGAAAGUAUUACGUAUUAUUAACGAACCCACUGCUGCCGCCAUCGCUUACGGGUUGGAUAAGAAAGAUUCCAACGCGUGUAAUGUAUUGAUAUUCGAUCUUGGUGGAGGUACGUUCGAUGUUUCUAUUUUAACCAUCCAUGACGGCGUAUUCGAAGUUAUUUCAACCGCCGGUGAUACUCAUUUGGGCGGCGAAGAUUUCGACAGCAAAAUGGUCGAUCAUUUCGUUCAUGAAUUCCAAAGUAAACACAAAAAAGACCUCACUGAGAACAAGAAAGCCCUACGUCGUUUACUCAAUGCCUGUGAACGAGCAAAAAGAACGCUAUCAUCAACGACUGUAGCCAAUAUUGAGAUCGAAGCUCUUUACGAUGGUAUUGAUUUUUACACGUCGAUCACUCGUGCUCGAUUUGAAGAAUUAAACGCGGACUUCUUCCGAAGAGCAAUGGAAUUGGUAGAAAAAACAAUUGAAGAUGCUGAAUUCCACAAAUCGAAAAUUCAUCAGGUCGUUUUGGUAGGUGGCUCUAGCCGCAUACCGAAAAUUCAAAAAAUGUUGCAAGAUUUCUUCGAUGGAAAAGAAUUGAACAAAUCGGUCAACCCAGACGAAGCGGUAGCUUAUGGAGCUGCCGUACAAGCUGCCAUAUUGAAUGGAGACAAAUCGAAGGUUGUGGAAGAUGUGGUGUUAUUCGACGUUAUACCGUUAUCAUUAGGUGUAGCUUAUGGAAAAGGACUCCGUGAAAUGGCAACCAUAAUAAAACGUAACACUCCUAUUCCAGCAAAAGGAAGUGAUACUUUUUGCACAGUGAAGGAUAAUCAAACCGGAAUAUCGAUCGAAGUUUACGAAGGCGAAUAUGCUACUGUGAAGGAUAAUCAUUUCCUUGGCAAGUUCAUGAUUAACGGUAUCCCUCCUGCUCCUAAAGGUGUGCAAAGGGUAACUGAAACCUUCGAAAUCGAUGUCAAUGGUAUUUUGAAGGUCACCGCUGUUGUCGAAUCGAAUGGUAGCACGAACCAACUUACUAUUAAACAUGAUAGAGCUCGUCUCAGUGAGGAUGAAAUUGAGCGCAUAAUGGAAGAUGCUGAAAAAUUACGAAACGGAGAAAAAACACGAAAAGCUGCUUUAGCCGCCAAGAACUCUUUAGAAUCGUACUGUAUCAACGUGAAGAGCACAUUGGAAGAUGGAAAGUUGAAAAAUGAGAUCAGUAAAUCCGAUAAAGAUAUGAUUUUGAAAAAAUCCGAAGAAACUAUUGUCUGGUUGAGUUCUACUCAUUCAGCUGAUCCGGAGCUUUACGAACGCAAGCAAGUAGAAUUACAAAACGUAUUCGAUGCUAUAAUAUCGAUAGCUGCCAACCCUAGCGUAGAGAACGAUACGUACUGGAAAAUACUGAACGUGAAAAAACAUGCCUCGCGAGAUGAAAUCGAAAAUGCGUGCAGGAUCGUUGGUCGCAAGUAUCAUCCUGAUAAAUACGAAGGAGACAAAGACAUUGCAACCAUGUAUUGGCAUACCAUUAUGAAAGCAAAAGAUGUGCUCAUCAGUCUAGGAAAACGUAAAUUUAAUCACGACACCUGAUCGCGUAUGGUAGGUUACAUAAUAUCAAGAAAUCAACAUUUAAUUUCUUCAGAUUUCAAUGAUUAACGUGUUUUAACGAUUAUGAUUACAGCGCAUAUUUUGAGGUUUUUGUAAUUUAUGUAUUUAGUUUUUGGAAGUGCGAUUUUUCAUUUUCUAUAUCUAUGCAUUUUAUUUGAGGUAAUUUUAUUUCUCAAGUUGUCCUCGUUGUGAAUGUGAAUUGUGUUGUGCUAUAACGUUGUAUUAAGAUGUGCGAAUGUGCGUUGUCAGGUAGCAACUGAAUCGUAUCAUAAUACUGAAAUAUAUGUUUAUGUUUUGAAAA